AAGGCAUGUCGUCAUAUAAAAUCGAUAUGCUUUCAAAGAUUCAUAGUGAAUCAAAAUCUGUCGAAGCAAUGUUCUGAAAGCGCAAGAAAGUGAAUGUUAGUGGUAUUAUGUGAUCGCUUUUUUCUUCAAUAUGGAAGGGAUGCAUCAAAAGCUACAUGAUGAGGUAUCUGGUGGUAAUUUAAAACGAGUAAAACAGUUGAUCAAACAAGGUGCUGGAAUAAACCAAACAGAUCAAGACGGAUACACAAGUUUACAUGUCGCUGUGCAGAGCAACCAGGUUAACAUCAUUGAAUACCUCAUUAAACGCGGCGCUGACUUGGAAAAGGUGACCACGAAUGGACAAACACCCUUACAUCUUGCUGCAUCGCUCGGACGUCUACAAGCAACACAAGUUAUAAUCAGUCGUGGAGCGAGCAUUGACCAAAAAAAUAAAGAUGGAAAAUCUGCAUGUCACAUUGCUGUAAUUAAGGGUCACCUAGAUGUUGCGCGAUACUUAAUCAACCAGGGGGGAAAGGCCUACCAUGAGGUCAAUGUUGCAAAAAACUCACUCCUACACAUUGCAGCAAAAUACGGCUCAACGGAUAUAGUGGAAUACCUAAUUGGUCAAGGAAUUCAGGUGAACCAGGAGAAUGAUGAAGGUUCGACUGCAUUGCACAUUGCUGCAAAAAAUGGUCAUAUCGAUGUCACCAAGUAUCUGGUUAGUCAAGGAACGGAAGUGGAGAAAGAAGAUAAUAGAGGAAGAACAUCUUUACAUUGGGCGGUUAAGUUUGGCCAUCUAAAAGUGGUAAAAUAUCUGAUAUCUCAAGGAGCUAAUGUGAAUAAUGGUGAUAAACAAAGUUGGGCCGCAUUGCACCUUGCUGCUGGGGCGGGUCAUCUUGAGGUUGCAAAGCAUCUUAUUCUUCAUAGAGCUGAUGUGAAUAAAAGGAGUGAGAGCGGCAUGACUGCUUUACUCAGUGCUGUUUAUGGGGGUCACGUUGACGUCAGCAAAUAUCUGAUUAGUCAAGGAGCUGAGAUGAAUGUAAAAACUAAUGGAGGUUUAACAGCAUUUCACAUUGCGUUGGAAAGGGGUCAGUUUGGUGUCAUUGAGUAUCUGAUAAGUCAAGGAGUUAGAGUAGAUGAGUAUGAUGGUUCUGGUAACACACCAUUGCACCAUGCUUGUCGACGAGGUGAUAUUGGUCUUACAGAGCACCUAAUCAGUCUUGGGGCUGAUGUGAAUACGCGUAAAAGCAAUGGUUCGACAGCAUUGCAUUUUGCUGUUGAGAUGGGUAACCUCGACAUAACCAAAUAUCUAAUUAGUCAAGGAGCUGAAGUCAAUAACACAGACAGUAGAGGUUGGACGGUAUUGCACAGCGCUGCUGAUGGUGGUUAUCUUCAUUUUGCAGAAUAUCUGAUCGCCCAAGGAGCGGAUGUCCAUAAGGGAAACAAUGCUGGCGAGACUGCAUUACACGUUGCUAGUAAGAAUAGUCAUUUCGAUGUCAUCAAAUACAUGAUAGAGCAAGGAGCCGAUGUGAAUAAGGGAGAUAAUAACGGUCGCACUGUAAUACACUUUACUGCUGAGAAUGGUUUUCUUGGUUAUAUGAAAACUCUGAUACGAUAUAGAGCUGACGUCAAUAUUAGCGACAAUGAGGGUUGGACGGCAUUACACAUUGCUGCUGGAUGUGGCUGGUCUUAUGUUACAGAAUGUCUGAUCGUCAAUGGAGCUGAUGUGCAUAAGAAAAACAAUGCUGGUGAGAAUGCAUUACACAUUGCUGCUAAGAAUGGCAAUCGAGCUGUCAUCAAAUACCUGAUAGGCCAAGGAGCCGAUGUAAAUCACAGAGAUAACGACAAUCACACUGCAUUGCAGUCUGCUAAGAUGAAUGGUUUUCAUGAUAUCGUUGAAUAUCUGAUCACCAAAGGAACUGAUGUGAAUAAGGGAAAUAAUGACGGCCAUACUGCAUUGCAAAAUACUGCCGCUAAGAAUGGUCAUCUUGAUGUCACCAAAACUCUCACAAGUCACGAAGCUCAAGUAAAUGGAGACAAUAAUGGCUGGAGUGCCUUACACGCUGCUGCUGAGAGUAGUCAUCUAGAUGUCACCGAACAUGUCAUAAGUGAAGGAGCUCAAGUCAACAAAAAAGACAAUAAAGGUUCGACUGCAUUACACGAUGCUUCUCUUCAAGGUCAUUUAGAUGUCGUUCAUUGUCUGAUUUGGCAAGGAGCUGACGUAAAUACGGGAGACAUCGAUGGCAAUAGAGCUUUACACUUCGCUGCUUUCAGUGGCCAUCUUGAUGUCAUCGUGUAUCUUCUUAACCAAGGCGCUAAAGUAAAUGAAGAAGCUGAGAAUGGGAAUACUGCAUUACACUAUGCUGCUUGGAGAGGUCAUCUAGCUGUCACGAAAUGUCUUAUUAAAUAUGCUAAUCAAGAGGUUGCUGUAUAUGAAAACAUAAAACCUCACGACCUGCCUUCGUAUCAAGAAAGUCAUGCUGGCGUCACCGAGCAUGUUUUGUGCAGUGCAGACGUGAAUAAAGCAAACAAUGAAGGCAGAACUGCCUUACACUUUGCCACAGAAAAAGGCCAUACUGUUGUUGCGGAAUACCUACUUUCUGAAGGAGCUAUCGCGAAUAAAGAAGAUAAUGGUGGCUGUACAGCAUUACAUUUUGCUGUUCAGAAUAGGCAAUUUGGUCAGGUUAAAGUUCUGUUAGAGGGAGGGGCACGUCCUGACGCCGAAGACAUUCACGGACAGACACCUCUACAGCUGUCUCAGUUACUUGGGUACAAAGACAUCACUGAUCUUCUCACCAAUGGUCGCAAUUCAGAGGUGAGCCAGGUUGAAGUACUGGACAUACAACAUGCCAUAGAACACGGUCACUCACCCUCCAUUGAGAAGAUAGUUUCAAGUGGAGCUGAUCUCAAUGCCCAGUCUACUGACGGUCAGACGUGUCUUCACAACGCCAUCAAACUCUGUUACAAGACUGGGGUAACUGUGGAAGGAAGAGCCGCACUAAAAAGGAUUUCGGACGAGUUUUACGAUGGGAAACUAUCUCCUGAGAUGGCCCUCGUGUUUCAUCUCCUGGAGAACGGAGCUAGGAUAGAUGUGGAGGAUGCAGAUGGCAACUUACCGAUCCAGUAUGCCAAGGAUGAGGUGGUCAGACAGAUGAUUUUAUCGAGGUGA